AUGGCUUCUACCACUGACAACGUCAUCGACUCUAAUGAUGAGUCCCAUCUCAAGGUCCUCAAGGAUCAGAUUCUAUCCAACCUGCGCAUCCUUCAGCCCGACAUCAAAGACCCUAUCAUUACUUCAGCUUUUGAGAAGAACAAGAAUAAAGAAAGUGAAGAUGCCGGUCUUUGGACCGCAUCUGUCUGGAACGAUGACAAAGAAGUCCUCUACUGUACCUAUGGGAUUCAUGUAGACUUAGUUACUGCUAUGCGUACACUGUUGCGCCUGACUUCAGUCGCUGUCGAUGCUAAGUUGGACAAGUGGCAGAAGACUUGGAGAAGCGCAGUCUACACGGAUGAUGGUCUUAAGUACGAUUGA